AUGUCCAGAUUCCAGGAUUACUUUGAUCUUUUUGUUGAAGCGCACGGGAUUCGUAAGGUGCCAGCGGUAGCUGACCUGGUAGUUGGGCACGUCCUCUUCGAGAAUGAAAGUUCCGCAGAAGGGAUACACGGUCUUCUGCAUGCCUCAGCCUUGCGUGAAAUAAUCGUCUCCACCAGUGCCGUUCAUACUCGGCGGCCAAGUGUCAUCGUCGAUGAAGAUCAUGUCGUCGCCUUCGCCCCACCACGUGCCCUGGAAGUGCGCGAUGGAGUGGUUGCAGCCAAUGUACUGGCCAGCGCCCUCCGUCUCCCAAAUAACGUAGUUAACCUUCCAUCGAAAUUCGGUAUCUGGGUCUCAAGGCUGUCGUUCUGA